AUGACUGAAAAUCUUAACAACGCUAAUGAUAAUAUCACCAGUUUGACUGAAAAUCUGAACAACGCUAAUGAUAAUAUCACCAGUUUGACUGAAAACCUGAACAACGCUAAUGACAAUAAUACCAAUUUGACUAAAAAUCUGAACAACGCUAAUGAUAAUAUCACCAGUUUGACUGAAAAUCUGAACAACGCUCAUGAAAAUAUCGACACUUUGACUGAUACUAUCACCAGUUUGACUAAAUAUUUGAACAACGCCAAUGAAAAUUUCACCAGUUUGACUGAAAAUCUGAACAACGCCAAUGCAAAUAUCACAAGUUUGACCGAACACUUGAACAUCGCCAAUGACAGUAUCACCAGUUUGAAUAAAGACACGACCAACGCCAAUGAAAAUAUCACCGGUUUGUCUGAAAAUAUCACCGUUUUGAUGGAAGAUCUGAACAAUGCCAAUGACAGUAUCACCAGUUUGAAUAAAGACGUGACCAACGCCAAUGAAAAUAUCACCGGUUUGUCUGAAAAUAUCACCGUUUUGAUGGAAGAUCUGAACAAUACCAAUGACAGUAUCACCAGUUUGACUGAAGAUCUGAACAAUGCUAAUGACAAUAUCACCAGUUUGACUGAAAAUAUCACCAGUUUGACUAAAGACCUGAACAGCGCCAGUGAAAAUAUAACUGGUUUGAUUGAAACUAUUUCCAGCAUGACUGAAGAUUUGAACAACGCUAAUGAUAAUAUCACAAGUUUGACUAAAAUCUGA